AUUGCCAUGCUGGUGGUUGGGGUGUCCAGGUGGCUAGGGCAUGAUCGGUGCAGCUUCAGUAGCAUCACCGUGACCAUCACCUGGAGCAGUUGCAGCCGGAGAUGAAACCGGCAAACAACCGACUUGGCAACCGUCGCUGUAGCGCCGUUACUUGGGUAGCGCUGCUGCUAGUAGUAGCGAACAGUGUUCUUUUGGUAGCCGUAGCUGAGCCUGUACCGGUACCAGUUGGAGUACCAUCCACAUUGCAAGAUAUCGAUCCAGACGAUGAUUCAGAUGAAGAGUACAUCGACGGAACUGAAGAUGACGUUGUGCGUCCGAUCAACAUCACAGCAGGCGAGAAAGGAACGUACGUGGGCGCCCCCUGUGAAUUCACGUGCAGCCCCAAAUUGUUACACGUGUACUGCAACCCGGUCAGCGGCACCUGCGAGUGCGACAAAAAGCAUCCCGUUAAACUUAACAAUCCUUAUGCUGGCUGCAGCAAACCAACCCGCCUGGGAGACCAGUGUUACUACAUGGAGACGUGUAAAUACACGGAUCAGCACGCGUCUUGCAUCCAAGUACACCAUCAUGCAGUCUGCCAAUGUGAAAAUGGUUACCAUUCCGUGUCGAUUGACAGGCCGUCGAAGAAGGUCUUCUGCGCUGAAGACGUGGCUGUCAUGACAUCAGACUUCUCGACGUUUGCCGGCGUGCUAUCUGGCAUCGCCAUUCUGUCGGGACUCAUCUGUUUCGUGCUUCACCUGUUCAAUCAAAACCUGUACGAGACUCGUCACCAUAGGCACAGGUUCGGCAACGCCAACUUAGCCCCUCCCAUUUUGUUCUCCAGUGAUCCAGGUCCGGUGCUAGGCUCGUUCCCUCUGCCGAUCAUCGAGCGCAGCAUGACGACCACCUCCUCUCGUGCAAGUUCCACCCAACGCAGCUAUGUGGGCGGACACGCUGGGCGGUCUUCGGCGUCGUUCGCAUCUCGUCGCGCUAGCAGCGCACCGGGAAGUCGCACGACGGUCGCGUCGCAGUCGCGCGCAGGCAGCCGCAGGCCCAGCAUCGCGUCAAUACACAGCUCGACCUCAGUGAGGUCGUACAGUGCAAGGAGGUACGAGAGGGAACGAAGAGAGAAGGAAGAGCGGGAGCUCGAGAGGCGGUUCAAACUGGCGGCUAGCAGUGCAGGGUCAGUCAGUGGCGUUGGAGUGGGGCAACCAUCGCCUAGCCCGCAUUCGGUGGACGAUUUGUUGCCUACUUUGGAGGAAGAUAGGCAAGGCCGGGUUGAGGAGGUUCCCCCGUUAGCAGCUAAAGAAGAUUCAACCAGCAGUUUUCCCGAAGAGUUACCAUCGACCUCUAAGCAGUAUCCGUGACGAAGUGAUCGUGUCAGAAAACGAACUUUAAAAAAAUUGUUUUUAUUUGUACCUACCCUUGUUGGCCUAUUUUAGUAAGACGAUCUUGCGCGCUCCAAGAAUUAAAGGACUUGGGGCAAUAAGGUAACCUAACCACAUGUGAAUACAAAAAUACAUUUCCAUUUAAAAACGCCCGUGGCUUAGGUAUCUAUGUCCGAAGGUAUGAUUUUUUUGAUAUUACAUGUCGCUAUAAUUUCUGAAUAGCGUUUUUGAACUCUCACGAUAUCCCACAAAUUAUUACGACAAUUAUGGUCUCCAAGGACACCACAAAACAACUAAACGAGUUUCCGAUUUUAUUGUCAAUAAAUUUUGUAAGCUAUGUGUACGCAGAAUAAUCUGUUACUCAUGAAGCAGUCUUGUCAACUUCCUUUCGGGCAUCUAAUUUUAUACAAAUAUUUUUUCAACAAAAAACAUUCGUGCAGGUGCCACCGCGCCCAUGCUUCUUGUUGAAAUAUUACUUAGCAACGUGUUUUUUCGAUCUUUUUCGAAAAAAUUAGAUGCCCUUAUGAUAGUACGUAUGAAUAUAUCAUUAUUUCUAUCAAGAACGACUUUUGUAGAUCGCAAAUAAUUUUAUUAUGUGUCAAUAAUAUGCAAUUUUGUGAUGAGUGGCCUAUGCCUUUCUUGGUCAGGCUCAAAAAAUGGAAAAUAGGUCCCAGUCGAUUUGUCUACAAACUCAGUAUCAUACAUCCCUUGCCUUUUCGAACAAAAGUAUCCAUGGGACCAAAGCAUUCCUACGAUUAGUUUCUGAGAAAUAGGCUGAUGAAGAUUGUCUGAUUUGCAAAAAAGGUGAUUGAGCAGAUUGUGGUUCUUGGACCAAAAACUCGGCGAAUCAGAGUAUAUUUUGUUAAAACACCUUCUAGAAAGGUGUUAGGAGGUGUCAUAUUGAUCGUGACCAUGAUCCUUACAAGGUCAGUUUCAAAGCAAGCUGAUUUACAUGUGCUUGUGCUGGAAUAGUUCCGGCAGGAAUUGCUAGAUAAUUCAGAAAAUUCAACAGGGCUCGAGAAGGGUGGAAACUACCCCCAACCCUACAUAAAUUAUAGCAAAAUUUAUUGGCAACUUUCCCGACGACUCUGAUUUUUAUUUAUUCAGCAGAUCUUUUUCUUUACUCCAUUUUUUGUUACCUAUAAGAACAUGCCGUCUCGGAUAGUUUUCGAGAAAAAAAUGAGUUGCAUCAUGAGGUUCCCAAGCGUCUUCUUAAUUCUUUGAGUAUAGUUAGCGAAAAUAACCAAGUAACUUACCACUAACUGUCUCAGC